AUUCCAUGCGUAUUCGCUGGUGCAGUGCUGUGCGAACGAGUCCGAAGGAGUCGGGAGGUGCGGAUUAAAAGCUGAUUGAGCGCUGCCAGGAGGCUGCCCUCGAUGGAUUCGCGUGGUUCGUCGUGUCGUUUACGUCCAUCGUUCCCCUGCUGACCUGAUCGACGCUUCUCCACCGCCCGCACCGCCACUCCCGCUUACGAGGUACCCGAUCGCGUUUCGCCCUUCGCGAUUCUAACCUAAGAUAUCCAAGAUCGCCCACACACGACGGCCACCGCACGCGAGAGAGAGAGAGACACGAAUGCCAUGCUCCUUUGAUAGAGACAACACGUCGUCGCCGUCGUCGUCGUCGACACGGACGGGCUCUACGUCGUCAAGCAUCGCCGGGGACGUCAUCGAUCGACCGAUAAAGGCCUCGACGACCGGGAACGGCGUUUGUCCUAAGUGCAGUUACUAUAUCCAUAAACUUAAUACUAUCGCUGCGCUUAGUAAUGUCUGUCCCUCCUUCCUCCUCCAACAAUAUAUCUGACAAUAAUAAACUAGGCGGCGCCAGUCCUAGUCCAAUCGAAGGUAUCGAGGGAAUUCCAGGACCUAGCUCCUUGGAUCCUAUGCAUUCGAUAUUGCCACAAGACGAAGAAUCUGAGGAUUAUGGAGAUGAUGAAGAUGAGGGUGAUGAAGAGAGCAGCGAAGGAGAAAGCGAAAUUAGCGAUAGUGGAUUGUUCUGCGAUACCGAAUGUACAGCGGAAGUUGAAAGCAACAAUGGUCAGUCACCUAUAUCGCAAUCUCAAAUGGUCCUCUCUGUACAGUGUCCAAUGUUGCCUAUUAUGUUGCCUAGCGUGUCAUCAGAUGUCCAGUCUCAAAGAAAGCGAAAGAGUGAAACAGAAUGUUGUUUACCAUGUAAAAAACUUAAUCCGGAGGAAAAGUCUCAUACUAUGACUACAAGAAAAUUAGAUGAUAAAGGUAAACAUGUGAGAUGCGUCAUUCCUACCAAGGAUAAUCCUCCUCCAGAACUGAGUAGUUGGCUUUUGCAAUUUCAGAGAUGGUCAAACGCAGAAAGAAUGUUAGCAAUAGACGAAUUAAUAGACAGAUGCGAGCCUACGCAGGUGCGUCAUAUGAUGCAAGUGAUAGAGCCGCAGUUUCAGCGAGAUUUCAUAUCGCUCCUGCCGAAAGAGCUAGCGCUAUCGGUAUUGGCGUUCCUAGAGCCGAAGGAUCUUUUAAGAGCGGCGCAAACUUGUCGCAACUGGCGAUUCCUAGCCGACGACAAUCUGCUUUGGAAAGAAAAAUGCAAGGCGGCCGGCAUAGAAGACUUGAAGGAUUUGCCACCAUUAAAACGUAAAAACUGCCGUAACGGCAAUCAUUCGUCACCGUGGAAGCAGGCUUAUAUGCGACAGCAUAAUAUUAAAAUGAACUGGAGAACGAAACCGAUUCGUACGCCGAAAGUGUUGAAGGGCCAUGACGAUCACGUCAUUACAUGCUUACAGUUUUCCGGCAAUCGGAUAGUUAGUGGUUCCGAUGAUAAUACUCUUAAAGUAUGGUCCGCUGCGACAGGCAAGUGUUUACGAACAUUAGUCGGGCAUACCGGUGGCGUGUGGUCUUCGCAGAUGUCCGGCACAAUUGUUAUCAGUGGUAGUACGGAUCGUACUUUGAAAGUGUGGAACGCGGAAACCGGUCAUUGCAUUCACACCUUAUAUGGUCAUACGUCGACAGUGAGAUGUAUGCAUUUGCAUGGUAACAAGGUUGUCAGUGGUAGCAGGGACGCGACAUUAAGAGUGUGGCAAGUGGACACGGGGGAGUGCUUGCAUGUGCUCGUGGGGCACCUAGCGGCAGUCAGAUGUGUGCAAUAUGAUGGAAAGUUGGUGGUCAGUGGUGCCUAUGAUUACAUGGUCAAAGUUUGGAAUCCAGAGCGCGAGGAGUGCCUUCAUACUUUACAAGGACAUACCAAUCGCGUUUAUUCCCUCCAAUUCGAUGGGGUGCACGUUGUUAGCGGAUCGUUGGACACAAGCAUAAGAGUGUGGGAGGUAGAAACCGGUGCUUGUAGACACACUCUAAUGGGUCAUCAGUCUCUCACCUCGGGGAUGGAAUUGCGUAAUAAUAUUUUAGUAUCAGGCAAUGCUGAUUCUACAGUUAAAGUAUGGGAUAUUGUUAGCGGUCACUGCCUUCAAACUCUCUCCGGCCCGAACAAACAUCAGUCAGCGGUCACUUGCCUUCAGUUCAAUAGCCAUUUUGUGAUUACAUCCUCUGAUGAUGGUACAGUAAAACUCUGGGAUGUCAAGACUGGUGAUUUCAUUAGGAAUCUAGUUGCUCUCGAUAGUGGGGGUAGCGGUGGUGUUGUAUGGAGAAUUCGAGCGAGUGAUACGAAACUAGUAUGUGCAGUAGGUAGUCGUAAUGGUACCGAAGAGACGAAACUGCUUGUCCUCGAUUUCGACGUUGAGGUAAAAUAGUGCAUACGUGGAUACAAUCGCCCCCUUUGUACGACUUCUGUACAUACUUCAAUUAAGUAGUCUAAAAACUAAUCUAUGUUGUACAUGUAUUACAUGGUGUGAUUGUGAUAAGACUGCGUCGUAAAAAUCGAGUGAAAUUUUUGUGAAAUAGAGGGAGAAAUCGAAGCGAAUGAGAAAGAGAGAGAGAAAAAAAGAAGGAAAGUGAGUGAGUGAAUGAAAAAGAGAGAAAAAGAUGUUUAGAGCGAAUGAUCUUUAGGUGGAUUAAAAGUGCCCGUCGAAAAAUUAUAAUUACAUCGUUUUCUCGAUGCGCGCGCGAUGUUGUGCUGUACAAACGUGAGGUUUAUAAGACUCAUAAACCUACGGGAAAAAAAAACCGAGGAGCUUAUCAGUGUACUUCUGAAUUUUCGCUGUUAUAACGAUUCAGUGGAAUCAUCAACGAUGCAAAAGUAGCAAAUAUCUCUAAUUCAGAAUUCAUUGUAAGUAUAACAACAGGUUUGUUAUGUGGGCAUUUAGAAGUAUUUGUCAACGGCGAAAAAGAUGAUGAGACGACUGAGACGUACUAAAACUACAAGGCAAAAUAAUAUUAUAUUUGAAGAAUCUCAUACUUUCUGGAGCUAAACGAGAAAAACUGUCGACGAUAAUUUCGAUACAAUCAUUGAGACUACACAUUUUUUUAUAAGAAAAAAAAAGUUUAAAUGCCUGUUUAUAUCAUAAGUUUAUAUGAUUUAUUAAUCGAUUCGCGCGUCAAACUGAUUUUUUUUUUAGUUUUAAUAUCCUGAUCAUGUCUAAAUCUAA